AUGCUCGCUAAGUUCCUAUUCUUUGCUGCCAUCCUGGCUUUAGCCUCGUGUCAAUACAAUGCUGGGUACGGAUAUAAUAGGUACACGAGUAUCGGGUACAGAACACCCGCUGGUGUCAUCCAACAUCAACCCGUACAAUACUCAGGAUACAAUGGCAACCAGCAAAAUUACUAUACAGCCCCACACUAUUCGUUCGAGUACUCCGUAAAUGACCCUCACACUGGUGACAUCAAGUCCCAGCACGAGGCACGCGAAGGUGACGCGGUGCGCGGCGCUUACAGUCUUCACGAGUCCGAUGGCACUGUCAGAACUGUUGAGUACACCGCCGAUGCGCACAACGGAUUCAACGCCGUAGUUCACCGUCAAGGCCAUGCUGCUCACGCCGUUCCCGUCCAACGUCACUAU